GCCGCCGGCGCCGCCUCCGCUCCGGUCAGAGGACGGACUCCCACCGCGGAGGACACACGGGAAGGUCCACAGAGAGGAAACUACACAGAGAAUCAUUGCUGAGGCCCUGGGGGGGGGGGCGUCCUUCGAGGCAUACUUUUUUUCGUCUUCCGUGAGGACUUUUCCAGGAUUGAUCACCUCUCGCUGACAGACAAACGGUAGAGGCUGCUAUGUCUGUGUGAAGCAUCAGCUCGUCCUGCAGCCAUGGCCCCGCAGAGCGCUCAUCUGUCCCACUGCUAAGGGAGGGGGGCAUCCGAGAGGGAAGGAGACAUGUUGGGACAGAGGCCCGGGGACCACUGCACUGAAUUCUGUUACUAUAGCAGCUACUGUAGUAACCAUGGAAACACUAUGGAGGACUGGUCUGGUCUGCACUGUCAUUGUUGUCGUGGUAGCCGCCGAGGUCGCAGGAGGUCACAGAGAUGAGUUCGCUCAGUCACAAGCUGCCUUCCUGUCCAGUCUGGGCCAUUAUGAAAUCGCCAUCCCAGUAAGAGUCGGACCUGAUGGGGAAACGCUGGCCACAGAAACGCCUCAGCACCACAGAAGAAGACGACGCAGCGCUGAGGACAAACCGCCAGACUCGCUCUUCUACCAGCUUUCCACAUCGUAUAACAACUUCCUGCUGAACCUGACGCUCCAAGGCGGCCUGCUGUCACGCCAGUUCAGGGUCGAGUACUGGAAGAGGGGUCGAUUAGCGUGGAGCCACCCUUACUCACCCCACUGCCACUAUGUAGGACACCUUCAAGACCAGCCGCACUCCAGCAAAGUAGCCCUGAGCAACUGUAACGGCCUGCAGGGGGUGAUUGUUGCAGGGGGAGAGGAGUACCUGAUUGAACCGCUUGUCUCACCAGAUAACGAGACCAGGACCGAGAAGGGGGAGAGAGCAGAGGGGCGCCCCCAUGUGGUCUACAAGCGCUCAUCGCUUCGCCAUCAGUACAAGGGCCAAUCCUGUGGAGUCAUUGAUGAGAAGCCGAUGAAGGGAGCGUCAUGGUGGCAGCGGACUCUGAAGACGCCGCCGCAUCAUGUCGGCCGCGGUCAGCUGCCACUGAAGCGCUCAGUGAGCCGGGAGCGCUACGUGGAGACGCUGGUGGUGGCCGAUAAGAUGAUGGUGGCUUACCAUGGUCGCAGGGACAUCGAGCAGUACAUCCUGGCCGUCAUGAAUAUUGUUGCCAAACUGUUCCAGGAUUCUAGCCUGGGGAAUGCAGUCAACAUUGUGGUGACACGGCUCAUCCUGCUCAUGGAGGACCAGCCAACACUAGAGAUCAACCACCAUGCUGGGAAGUCUUUAGACAGCUUCUGUAAAUGGCAGAAGACCAUCCAGCACAGAAGCAGCUACGGGAACGCCAUACCAGACAACGGCAUCGCCCACCAUGACACCGCCGUGCUGAUCACCAGGUACGACAUCUGCAUCCAAAAAAACAAGCCCUGUGAAACUCUAGGUUUGGCUCCUGUCGGUGGGAUGUGUGAACCAGAGAGGAGCUGCAGCAUCAACGAGGACAUCGGCCUGGGGACGGCUUUUACCAUCGCACAUGAGAUCGGACACACGUUUGGGAUGAACCAUGACGGGAUGGGGAACGCCUGCGGGCCCCGCAGCCAGGAGACGGCCAAGCUGAUGGCCGACCACAUCACCAUGAAGACCAACCCGUUCAUCUGGUCCGCAUGUAGUCGGGAUUACAUCACCAGCUUCCUGGACUCCGGUAUGGGCUCCUGUCUGAACAACGUCCCUCCUAAGCAGGAGUUCGUGUACCCGACCACCGCCCCGGGUCAGGCCUACGACGCAGACGAACAGUGUCGCUUCCAGUACGGCGUCAGAUCCCGACAGUGUAAAUACGCAGAAGUCUGCAGCGAACUUUGGUGCAUGAGCAAAAGCAACCGUUGCAUCACCAGCAGCAUCCCUGCAGCCGAGGGAACCAUCUGUCAGACCAACACCAUAGAGAAAGGGUGGUGCUACAAGCGGGUGUGCGUGGCGUAUGGUACUCGACCGGAGGGCGUGGACGGGGGCUGGGGGCUGUGGUCUCCAUGGGAGGAGUGCAGCAGGACCUGUGGAGGCGGAGUCUCCUCGUCUGUCAGACACUGUGACAGCCCCAGGCCAACCAUCGGUGGAAAGUAUUGUCUAGGGGAGAGAAAACGCUUCAGGUCCUGCAACAUCGAUGAGUGCCCUCCAGGUUCACAGGAUUUCAGACAGAUCCAGUGUUCGGACUUUGACAGCGUUCCGUUUCGGGGAAAGUUUUACACCUGGAAGCCGUACAGAGGAGGUGGGGUGAAGCCUUGCUCUCUCAACUGCCUCGCUGAAGGAUACAACUUCUACACAGAGCGCGCUCCGGCGGUGGUGGACGGGACGCCCUGCAGAGACGAUUCUCUGGAUGUGUGUGUGAACGGAGAGUGUAAGCACGUGGGCUGCGAUCGUAUCCUGGGCUCCGACGUGAGGGAGGACCGCUGCCGGAUCUGCGGGGGCGACGGCAGCAGCUGCGUGUCCGUGGAGGGACUCUUCAACGACUCAUUACCUGAAGGAGGUUAUGAAGAGGUGGUCCGAAUCCCCAAAGGAUCAGUGUUCAUCCACAUACAAGAGCUCAACAUCUCCCUCAACUACCUUGUGUUGAAGAGUAAAGGAGACCAGUACUUUAUCAACGGGAAGCUGACCAUCGACACGCCUCGCAGGUUCAACGUCGCGGGCACCACAUUUCACUACCGACGUCCCACCGACGGACCGGAAACCCUGGAGGCUCUGGGUCCGACCAAUAUGACUCUCAUCGUCAUGGUGCUGGUGCGAGAGGAGAACCCAGGGAUCCACUACCGCUUCAACCCUCCGCUGAACCGGGACCCUCUGACCGGGUUCGCCUGGCACUACACCUCCUGGUCCCGCUGCUCAGCCCUCUGCGCUGGAGGUGUGCAGAUCCAGCAGGUGGUGUGUAAAAAACAGGUAGAUCAUUCCGUCGUCUACAACCACUUCUGUGACAAGAAAAGCAAACCCAAAGAGAAGAGACGAUCCUGCAAUACUGAGCCGUGCUCCCCAACCUGGUGGACAGGUGAGUGGUCGGAGUGCAGUCGCAGCUGUAACGGCGGCGUUCGGACACGAGAGGUUCUUUGUAAACGGAGGAUCUCUGUGACGGAGGAGAAGAUCCUGGACGACUCGGCCUGUACCCUCCCUCGCCCCUCCCUCACUGAGCCCUGCAGCAACCACAGCUGCCCCCCUGAGUGGCUGGCCCUGGACUGGUCAGAGUGUACGCCCAGCUGUGGUCCGGGCUACAGGCACCGCGUUGUCUUGUGUAAGAGCGGGGAGAGCGGCGACACGCUGCCCGAGUCCAAGUGUCCCAAACAGGGCCGACCCACGUCCAGGGUGCGAUGUAACCUGCAGCGCUGCCCGCCCCCCCAGUGGGUGACCGGACCCUGGGGAGAGUGUUCGGCGAAGUGCGGUCUGGGUCAGGAGAUGCGUUCGGUGCAGUGUCUGACUCACACCGGUCAACCGUCCAACGAGUGUCUGGAACAUCAGCGCCCCGCCGCCAUGCAGCAGUGCAAGAGCAAAUGUGACCUCAGUCUGCCCAUCAGUACAGACAACCCCGAAGAGUGUAAAGAUGUGAACACUGUGGCGUACUGCCCCCUGGUGCUCAGGUUCAAGUUCUGCAGCCGGCCAUACUUCAGACAGAUGUGCUGUAAGACGUGCCAGGGCCACUGAGCUCACAGCGUCCGUCCGUCUGGGAGGCCUCAAACCCCCCCCCCCACUGAGCCUUAGGGUUCCCAGCAGCCCUUUCACCUUUCACCACCUCUGUCAGCGGAGUGUGCGACUCCGACCCGGGACCCCGAACCUGUUCACGGGCCGGACGCAGCCUGAGUUUGACAUUCCACUGGAAGGGGGGGGGGGCUGCGGAAACCGGGACAGACAGAGAGACGGUAACUCUGACACCUGAACUCACCUCCAGACUCUGUCUUUAUCAGUUAUCCUCUGUUGUCAUAUUUGGUGCUACUCCACUUGUCUCUGGCCACAGGACUGGUCGCAUUAAGCUCCACUUGUCUUAUCGAAGUGGCCGAAAUGUUUAGCCUGAUUUUAAUUUUUUUUUGUUUUUUAACCUGUAUGUUCACAGGUUGUUUUGUUUAGUCAUGAAUUUUUAUUAAAAAAAAAUCCACUUUGUAAGGAAAAGAUUUUCCAGAUAUCUUAUAAUAUGAAAUGAAAGAUUGUUUCUAUGUUAAUCUGAUAGUUGUUACUUGACCACCAUGUUUCAUGCUAUAGCUUUGUUAUAUAUUGACGUAUCCAUCGGUCCUCACUGUUAUUUAGCUGAAGUAUGAGCAGAGUGUGUUUUGCACAGUGUCAGCGGUCAGAGGAUUGUGUAUUUUAUGUGUGUUUUGAUGUGAUUUAACUCUGUGGAAGCUACAAAUGGAUGCUGUAGUGAAGCUGCCGUCGUCUUGCCGUUCUUCUGGAUGUCUGCUCAUUAUUAUUUGGGUUUUUUUUCCGAUCAUUUCACUUCAGUAAUAUCCGUCAUUAAUGGUGCACAGGACGAGCAGAGACACUUUCACAUCAUGGGAUUCGGUUUUCACCCCAGAAGUUUCACAGGGUCGUAUCUGGACGUCCUCGGAUAUUAAAGCAGCGUACGACUUUAAUUACAAAUGUUUUUUCAAAUUUGUCAAACCCCAGUGAUAUCCUUAUUAUCACUGAUCCAUUCGUCUUUUCCUGCUUAUGCGCCUGAAUCACUUUGAAGAGGACUCCAUCAUAAACACAGUCCGCUUGUUGACAUCACAGACUGAAACGUCACUAGGGCCUUUUCGGAAUUGUAGUCGCAAAUUGUGGGAAAGGGAAUUCCAUGCAGCAGUAACUGAUGUCUGAGUAUUAUUUUGUCAUGAUCAGACACGUCAUAUCAUACCAUGACAUUUGACUUACACUAGUCGCUUCUCCAUUGACCCUCAAAUUGUGCAAAUAUAACUUGUGCAUAAAAAUUUACCGAAUGGAAAAACGACAAUUUCA